UCCACGGACUAGACCAUGCUAUACCAAGAACGGAUCUCUUUCGAAUUUACACAGAGCUCGUUUGGUACGAAUCUUUCUGGCCACAGGAAGGGCCCCGUAGCGGAUCUCGUGGGCGCGCAAAAAACGCUUUAUUGGGCUCGACGAAUUCCAUACACAGGACUGAAGUGUUACUGCGAUAUUUGCACGGAGACCAAUCACACGUGCGAAACUGAUGGCUAUUGUUUCGCCAGCACCAGCUUGGAGAACGAUGUGACCACAUACGCUAAGAGGUGCCUCGACCGAAAGCAAUGGUUCCCACCGGAAGAACCGCAGUCCUGCAACAGAAAGCGGGGUAUCUAUCGGUCCAGCAUCUGCUGUGAUAAAGAGUACUGCAACAAGAAUAUAACUCUGGAGUUACUAUCUCCCAACUCGCCUGAAUUAUCCUCAGGAACGACUAGGAUCCAAUACAACUGGCUACCCCCACAUGUCAGGUGCGUGAAUAAACAGCUGUCGUCGUCGCAGCCCGAGCCGCUCAUCUUCUGCAUGACGAGCGACUCGCGAAACACGACCUUUGUCAUCGAGUGCUGCAAAGAGGAUUUUUGCAAUCGGGAUCUGAAACCCCAGCUCCACCCUCGCAACAAAGUGGCGGCGGGUGAGGAUGACGCGGCAUGGGUCACUUGGAAAAUGGCCUUGAUGAUAGCAAUGCCGAUAUGCGCCAUCUGUGUGGUGGUCAUGGUCAUUUAUCAUGUGCGCAAGACCCCAGAAAGGCCCGGAAAUAGCGAUGACUCGCAAGAGGCACCGGAUCGACCUAUCCUGGGCAGUGUUACUAUUAGGGGUAUGCUGGAAAUGACUACCAGUGGUAGUGGCUCAGUAGGCCUGCCGCUUCUGGUACAGCGAAGCAUAGCCCGCCAGAUUCAGCUGGUGGAGACGAUCGGAAAAGGUCGGUUCGGUGAAGUGUGGCGUGGUCGUUGGAGAGGUGAGAAUGUUGCUGUAAAAAUCUUCAGUUCGCGCGAAGAAAGGUCUUGGUUCAGGGAGGCCGAAAUUUACCAGACGGUGAUGCUCAGGCACGACAAUAUCCUCGGAUUCAUCGCUGCCGAUAACAAAGAUAAUGGUACGUGGACCCAAUUAUGGUUAAUCACGGAUUAUCACGAGAAAGGUUCGCUGUUCGAUUAUCUGAACAGAUCUACCGUGGACACGAACGGCAUGAUCAGGAUGGCCUUGUCGAUCGCUACCGGGCUUGCGCAUCUUCACAUGGAGAUCGUCGGUACUCAAGGGAAGCCCGCCAUUGCUCACAGGGAUCUCAAGUCGAAGAACAUCCUUGUGAAAACGAAUGGCACAUGCGCGAUUGGUGAUCUCGGAUUGGCUGUCAGACAUGACGUAAUAACAGACACCGUCGAUAUACAAUUGAACAAUCGGGUCGGCACUAAGCGAUAUAUGGCACCCGAGGUUCUCGAAGAGACGAUAAACAUGAACCAUUUUGAUUCCUUCAAGAGGGCUGACGUAUACGCUCUCGGGCUGAUCCUUUGGGAGAUCGCGAGGCGAUGUAACGUCGGCGGAAUCCACGACGAAUAUCAGCUGCCGUUUUACGACUUGGUGCCUUCCGAUCCGACGAUUGAAGAGAUGCGUAAAGUUGUGUGCACCGAUAGACAGAGGCCGUCGAUACCGAAUCGGUGGCAAUCUAUUGACGCAUUGCAAGUGAUGUCAAAGGUGAUGAAAGAAUGUUGGUAUCACAACGCGGCAGCUAGGUUAACCGCGCUUAGGAUUAAAAAAUCUCUGGCCAAUUAUGGCGCGAUGGAGGACCUGAAGUGAAAGAAAAUUGGCAGUCGAUUGUCAAGAAAAAAAAAAAAAAAAAAAAAAAAAAAAAAAAAAA